AUGCAGUUGGACUGGAACGAUUGCUUUUUGGACAAUGAUCCUACUUAUUGUCGAAACCUCAGUGAAAACAAGACUGAUGAUCGGUUAGAAUACAAGAUCCAGUACAAACGAAAUAAUUCAGAUGAAGUCAACAAUUUUGUUUUUGGAACGAAAGAUUCAGAAGUUGCAAUUACUGUCUACUGGUUAAAGAAGGGUGAGUCGCCUGAUGUAGCCGAAUGCAACAAGCAUUACAGCCUAAUGACAUCAAGCCGUGGUUAG